AGCGUCAGUUGCAAUCCCACCCCACUACAUGCGGACCUUCUAUCGUGUGACCUGUGUUGGGACAAUAUGCAUCUGUCCAGGCGUACCUGGCCAUGGCUGACAGGGACGGCACACAUGGCAUUGGACAUUAUAUAAACCGGGGAGCUGCUCGUAUCGAAUGGACUCGAGAGCUGAUUCCAUCUCACUCCUUCCUUAUCAUCAUCUACCUCGUCCUCCCCCAAUCACCACCAUGGCCUCCGUCAUACUCAUCUUCAGUCUUCUUUUCCUCUCACUGGCCAAUGCCUUCUCCGACCCAGGCCCCUGCUCCGGCGACUGUUGGACCCACGACGUCGGACUAUUGCAGCGCAAAUCUGACGGGCGUUGGUUCCGCUUUGCAACCGGAAAGGGCAUUCACAUCUCUGUGGCGGACUCGAUCGAGGGACCCUGGACGGUCAAAGGCGAGGCCCUCGCGGGUGGGUCAUCGAUCGACCACCCGGGCUCAAAGAACCUCUGGGCCCCCGACGUCCACUUAGAAGGGGAUACCUACUACAUGUACUACUCCAUCUCGAAGCUGGGUUCCAAGAACUCUGUCAUCGGCGUGGCCAGCUCCCCCAACAUGCAAGUCGGAUCGUGGAAGGACCACGGUUCCACAGGGCUCUCCUCCAAUGCUGACAAGCCCUACAAUGCUAUCGACGCCAACUGGAUCCGCAUCGGCGACACUCCCUUUCUCAACUUCGGCUCCCACUGGCAUGACCUGUACCAGGUGCCCAUGAAGGGACCCCUGAAGAUCACCGACGCCACCCCUUACAACCUUGCCUACAACGCCACCGGCUCCCACCGUGAGGAAGCUGCCUUUGAGUUCCAGCAUGACGGCUUCUACUAUAUGACCUUUUCGUCGGGAGUCGGUCUCGGUUAUGAUGAUAAGAAGCCGCCUCCGGGUGAGGAAUAUAGUAUUCGGGUGUGUCGUUCACCUGGGGGGAAGGGAAACUUUGUCGACCGCAACGGUCAAUCCUGCCUCAAAGGCGGCGGAACCACCCUUCUUGCCAGCCACGGACACGUCUACGGACCAGGCGGCCAGGGAGUUACGAACGACAAAAAGCACGGCCUAAUCCUCUACUACCAGUACGCGGACACUAACAAGGGUCUCAAUCCCAGCCAGUACCAGUUUGGGUGGAACAAGCUGAAGUGGGAGGAUGGCUGGCCAAUUGUAUAAACUGAUGUGAAAGCCGGUAUAUACAUUUGAUUUCUUUUUUAUUUUUCUAUUGGUUUAUAUGGUGAUCGAGUUAUUGUUGAAUACCCCUUGUUUGUGCAGUACUGCUGCUGCUGCUUGAUUAGAGUGGUAGGGAGAGGGCUAGCUUUGAUUGUAUAUACUACAUUACGAUAUAGUAUAGUAUAUAUUACUAUUUUUUAUACUUA